AUGCCGACGAUAGUCGUCGCGACGGGUGCCAGGUUCGCGCCCGUGAUCCGCGCGUCUUCUGGGGACCGGGCUUCCGUUGGAUCCGGCGAAGCUGUCAAGGGGAAAAAUUCGGCACCGAUCGAGGGAGGAACAUUCACCCCGAACCCGAAGACGGUCUGGAGGGGAGACGCCGGCCUUCGCUCGGGCCCCAAGCGCCAGAUGAAGAACCCCGAUGACUUCGGAGGGGACUACGACAAGAUCAGGGAAGAGCUCAUGACCCAGGGCUACCGGGGCUGGGCAGGCAACCUCAGCAUAUCAAACACGAUAAACUGGCUCUCGGAGAACACGUUUGGCGCGGGAGGGACGUCCCUCGGUCGUGGCAUCGACGCCGUGGCGGGUGCGUACCGCAAGUUCCUCGACGCGCUCCCGUACCGCCGCCAAGACGGCAGGCAGGCGAGGGCGCUCCCCAAGGGUCGGGCGGCGGAGGCGUACAAGCGAUGGGAGGCGUUCAAGGCUGGGGAGUCCAAACCGGACGACGAUGGCCCCGUCGUGGGCGGCAGGCAAGGAAUGCUGCGCGGAGAGCGAGACGUGUUCGAGUACUGGACCAAGGUGUCGGAGGAGGCCGAGGCGGCUAGAAAGGCGGGUAAGCGACAGAAGGCUGCGGGGCGGGUCGGUCUUUCCAACAAGCUCGGCGAGGGCAGGCUCGUGCUCGCCGAGGGUCAGCGAAGGGCGAUAUCCGCCGACGUCAUGGGUCUGGUUCUAUCGCUGCGUCGCGCCGCCGCCGCGCUGGAGCGGGGCGACGACGCCUCCGCGGGGUUCGCAUCCGACGCGGCGUGCGUCGACGCCUCCGCGGACGAGGCGGACGACAGGAGGGACGAGCUCCUCUCCGGGUGGGGCGGCGGCGGCGACAGCAUCUCUUUUUACGGCGGGUACGGCGCCAUCACGCCGCUCGAGGCUGCGGAAGCGAGGGACGCCGCGGGGUGGACCCCGACGCAGGUUGCCGAGCGCAUCAACGCCAUCUCCGCGUUGCUCGUGUGCACGCCGGGAGACGCGGUGGCGUGCGCGCACAGGUUCCCGGCGGUUCUGGAGACGCCCCAGUCCGUCCUCGCCGCGAGAAUGGCCGCGCUCAAGGAGCUGCUGCCCCGCGCCGACGCCGCGCUCAUAUUCAGGGCGGAGCCCAGGCUUCUGCUCGCCGGGGACGGGGAUAUCAUCAUGGGUAACGUGCGUAGGUCCGUCGAGGCCAUCAAGCGGGACCUGCCGGGCAUCAAUGCCGACAAGCUCUUGGAGCUGGAGCCCAGGAUGAUGUUCGAGGAUAUCUCGUCGGGGUUGGAGGCGCUUCGCGAGCUUUGGCCCGAGGAAGCGUUCAGACAGUCGGACGCGGACAACCCGCGCUG